CACGAGCCGUGCUGGCCCUAUAAUGGGGAAAAGGGCACGAGGCCAAUUCGCGAUUUGCCCCCAAUCCGUGAUUCCCCUCACUCUCAGGUCAAGAUUCAGCCCCGCCGCUGCCCCGAAUCCCCGAAUUGGUCGCGGAUCCGAGCUGCUCGUACCGCCGGCUUCCUAUCGGUUAGUAUGGUGUUUACGCACGACAAGGAUGCUGACUACUUUAACCCUCUUUCCUAUGGUAACCUGAGGGGACUAGAGGACUCUAACCAGUCUGCUUCAUUUACUGAAAUGAAUUCAGGAGAUGCUUCCUCCGAUUCAAAUUUUACAGGUCUUGGAAAGGAGAACAUAUUUAACAACUCUGACGAAUUCAACUUCGGAAAUGCUGAUCUUAAGGAUGGUUCUCCGGUCUAUGCUGAGGAUUUCAGUUUUUCUUGGCUCUCAGACAGCCAUUAUCAAUAUUCCGCACUGGAUCAUGGCAAGCGAUCUGUUUCUGAUAUCAAUACAUGCCAAAUUGCUUGCAAACGCCCAAGGCAAACAGAGGAAAACACCUGGUUAAAUUCCUACGAAGAACAUCCCUUCAACAUAGCUGCUGAGACAUCUGCUUCAGCUUUAGCUGAUGGAUAUGUUGAGACUAGGGAGCAGGAACACAUCCAUGCGCGUAGUGCUACCACAGUUUGUGGUACUAGUUCAUCCAUUCAUUAUCCCAAGGGAGGACAGCCCAUUGGAGAGGAAAGCUUAUAUGGACCUGAUUGGAUUACUUAUUUCCCUGAUUAUUUCGAAGAUUGUGGGCCAGCCGUUGGAUAUAACCAUGUUGAUGACAUUGAAGCGCCUUUACAUGAAUAUGUUCCUAGAAAAGGGGUGAUGAUUGGACCUGACCACCAGGCUGAUGUUCCAGAGUGGAGGCCCCGAGUUCUUAUGCAUGUUCAUGGUGGUUCUAGUUCUUGUUCUGAUGUAGUACAAACUUCUGUUUCCACAUCGGAAUCUGCUCCUUUGGACGAAGAUAGUGAAAGUGAUAAGUGGAUUAAGCAUACUGUCAUUCCAAUGGCGUCCUGUUCAAAUCCUGCUGGUCUGGUUGGAGACUGCAAAACAGAUUGUGAGUGUAGUGACGAGGGUUCUAUACGGUGUGUAAGACAGCAUGUUAUGGACGCAAGAGAAAGCCUCAGAAGAAGCUUGGGACAGGACCAGUUCCAAGAGUUAGGUCUUUGCGAAAUGGGAGAGGAUAUUGAUCAGAGGUGGACAUAUGAGGAGGAGCAGCUGUUCCAAAGGGUUGUUUUCUCUAAUCCGGUUUCCUUGGGAAAGAACUUCUGGGAUUACCUUCCACAUGCAUUACCUAGCAAGACUAGCAAGGAGCUUGUCAGCUACUAUUUUAACGUCUUCAUGCUACGGAAGAGAGCACUGCAGAACAGGUCAGACAUGUUGCAUGUGGACAGUGAUGAUGAUGAGUUUGCUCCCGAACCUGUGGAAACUGAGCAGGAAAGCGAAGAUUCUGCAGUUGAGUCACCUGUACACGUACAUAGCAUGUCCAAUUUUGAGUACACAGAAGAUGUUCAUGAAGAAUCUGAAGGAGAGCAGUUCCAUGAAUCUUCCUUCCCCGACAAUAUGAUAGACAAUGACCAAACACACCUGGAAACAAAUCCAGAGAAUAUUGUGGUAGAUGUAGACAUCCGGGAUGAGUCAUGCACAUCAUUUGAGAGCCAACAUAAUGGAGCUCAUGAUUCUAACAGUAUUCUGUGUGCUGACUGCUGAGUUCCACAUGAUGCUACCAAAUGAUUCCCUCACCAGCUCUUGGGACCUAGCUGCAUGUGUGUAGCUGAUGGUGGAAGCAGAACAAAUGCCCCUGGAAGACAUCAUGAAGAAGAAUUUGGAAUGAAGAUUUCUCUAGAGAUAAGACAAGUGUAUAUUGGGUGUGAAAUGCAUGUCAAGCAAAUUGCUAAAAGAAUCAUGGCACACAGUACAGUGAGUCGCCAUGGGAUUUGCUUAAGUUCAAAUCGGUGAUAGUCUUGAUGCAUGAGUUUUCAAUCGUGAGGAGACUAUUUGGCUUUAAUUGAGACCAGUUCAUGGUUGGAAUUCCAUGUUGAGAUCAGUUGUCACCUCGAAUGGCCGUCUCUGCAAGUUAGUGACCAAUACUACUUCAGGUGAUGAUGGUAUCAGCCGCAAGGAGCUGUACAUUAUUAAUUCAGGCCGGUAUUCUGCAAUACAGCAUCUGAGGGUAGCUGGACCCCCCCUCAUUAUUUUCAACUUAUUGUUGUAUGUAACAUGUGUUGAUUUGUGUAAGUGGAGAUACCUUCCGGUUUUUGCCGAGCAUCUUAUUCUGAUACCAGACUCAUUGGUUGACGAGUUACCCUUGUUGUAGUGUGAGGCUCUAUGUGGCAUUUACAGUAGAAUGAAUAAUUCUCAUUUGGUUGUACCUCAGUCGAAUUAUACGCAAUAAAAUGAGGUAAAAUGAGGCUGUAAACGAA